GCUUCGUGUGUACUUUUUUUUCGGGUGUAUAGAAUGGUAGUCAGUUGACGGUUGACGACGGCGGCGGUGUCUCACGAAAUGCACUGAAAGUUUGGGGCGCUAGGAGCGCGGUGUACAGGCAAAUGUUUAUUCCGAUUUGUUUGUAAACAACAACUGGUGACUAGAUGUUAGUGAAGAUGGGACAGACGAGCAGCUUUCCGAAGAGCCGUAGGCGAUCCCUGCGCUCGCCCUUUCUCUUCAGGAGGUCCAGCAAAGCGAACCUCAGCCACACGUUCAGCCUCCCAGAGGAAUGCUCCAAAAUCGAACAGCUCAACGUGAACUUUGCCUCAGAGGAGGAACUGAUGACGCUACCUGGGAUCAACAGGGAAAUUGCCAAAGGGAUCAUCAGGCAUCGCCAGCAAAUAGGAAGGUUCAGGAAGAUAGAAGACUUGGCCUUGGUCCCUGGGAUCGGGGCUGAGAAUCUGGAUAGGAUAAAGGCUGAGGUGUGUGUCAGGAGCAAUAACAGUAACAGCAACUCCAGGGCACAGAGUGUGGACAGUUUGAAGUGUGAAACUAGAAUACAGUCAAAACUUAUCAACCUGAACAAGGCCAGUGUUUUUGAUCUGCAGGAGACCCUUGGUAUCACUCAGGAGAUGGCUGCAAACAUUGUCUGUUACAGAACAAAGAAGGGUGACUUUAAAAAGAUUGAGGACUUGCUGAAGGUGAAGUCCAUAAGUGCUAUGAGAUAUACGAACAUGUGCCAACACCUGACCAUUGAAGAUGAGUCGGGGGAUUCAAAUUUAUCUAGAACAACGAGCGCUUCAGAAGUACGCACAAACGGGUCAGUUCUCGCCAAUGGUACGAGUACUCCUACAAAGCACAGGAAAACGUCGAGUGCGCCGGUGAAGCUGCACGUGGCGAACGGAUUACCAUCGCCAUCAUCGCUGGGCGAUAUAUUUGAUUUGUUAUCCGCUUACUCGCACAGACCGAUACCUGAAGAGGACUUUAGGUUCAAGAGGAACGGGAAAGAUGCCAUCAGAGUUGCGACGUGGAAUCUGGACGGGUUCAGCUUUGAGAAGGCGCAAAACAUGGGCGUCCGGGAGGUGGUCUGCAGGACAAUCCUCGAGAAUAGAUGGUCGAUUGUGUGCUUCCAGGACGUCCUCGAAGAGGAAGCACUUCAGUUGAUAGUGGACGAGCUGAACUUUCCACGUCUGAGAAAGGUGACGGAGUUCAGGGCGAACAGCCGGGAGUGGCAGUGCUCGGUCCUCGAUUCGCACCUUGCUUUCAUCUACGACACACAAAGCGGAAGUAUCGGCGUGGACAUGAUCACGUUAAAACAGGAAACUUUAGAGGAGUACAGGGCGGCCUUGGCCGAGUUCACCGUUGGAUUGGUGAGAUUGCAGAUUCUGAACGUCGAGUUGCACGAGAAGGUCCCCGUUGAGAUGAUCGAGGAGAAACUUAAGGAGCUCAAGGAUCCCAAUCAAUUAGUAGUGUUGGGUGACUUCACCAAUCUAGUGUGUGGCGACCAGAGGCGGGAGAUAGGCAAUCUUCAAGCCGUCCUGCCCGUCCAAUCGAACACCAGUUCUAACAAUGUGAAGACCAAGUAUUCGGAUAACAUAUUAGUGUCCGGAAAUGUUAAGAGUUUGUUGACAGGGAGUUGGAGUGUCGUUCGGCAGGGCCUCACGCAUCUGGCCAUACCCAAUGGGUGGAGCUGGGGCGGUACCGUCUCACCUCACUGUCCAAUCUGGACCGAGCUCUAUGUGGCCCCGCCUUCCGAGAAUGGUUUCUGAUGUCUGUGUUACUUCUCCAUUAUAAUUUCUUUCCUCAUCAUCCUUUCCAGUUACCUCCAGCGAUGAAUUGCUUCUCUAUUCAUCUAUUACAAAUCGAACAAAAUGCAAGCUAAAUUAUAUCGGUGGGAACAAAUGACAGGCGAUCGUGGUCCGAUUUUUAUCAAUGAUUGUGAUAAUUAUGUACUAAAUUUUUAUUUAAUGAUGUAUAUAAUAAUAGUAUAUAUAUUUUAUGGUGUUGAUUAAAAUGCAAAAAGGACAGAAAAUAAUAGGUAUAUAUAUAUAUU